AUGAGCACAACAAAAUUAAUUUUUAUUGCUCUUAUUAUUGUAAGUUGUAUUGCAGAGAAUUUUAUUAGAUUCCCAUAUCCUGGACUUCCAAGUACAGAUAUAGAUGGAAAGAAAGAAUAUUCUAUUUUCAGAAAGAAGCAACAAGCAUAUUUAUUAAUUAAUAUGCUUAGAGUUGAUCCACAAGCAUUUGUUGAAAAAUAUAUGAAACCAGUUAUUGCAGAUGAAUCAUGGAAACUUCUUUUUAAAACAGAAUCAAUUAGAUUAAAGAAAUUCCCAGAUUAUUAUCCAUUAUAUCAAGAUGCAUUACUUGAACAAACAGCAUCUCAUGCUAGACUUGGAGAAUCAUUUGCUAAUGUUAGAUCAAGAUAA